CAAGAAGAAACACGCGUCUCAGUCUUUGGUUAGCUGCUUUGCAAUGCUGUGACUCUUUACCCGAACUUUUGUAGGGGUUAGUCCCGUUUGUUUGGGCUCUUCGGUGCCAUAAAGUAAACGUGCGUCUGAGCUUCAUACAGUAAUCUCUUCAGACUGCCUUCAACGUGCAUGCAAAAAGCAAGCCUUUUCAACACAGCUGUAUUGUUGGUUAGGAUGAGGAAUAGCGCCAUUUAAAAGUCGGAUUGAUGCAAGACGGGAUUUUAAAAUGCGCCCGGUGAAAGCAGUGACCCUUCUUCUUUCAUUGAUAUGGAUGCUUAAUGCUGUGCUGUGCGCAAAAAGGUCGGGAGGACAAAAGUCUGAGAGGUUGAGUCCACCUUUGGAUAUUCAGUUGGAGACGGUGAACUGCACUGCGUUCAGUGUUCGAUGGAAAAUGCCCCGCAGACACGUCAGUACUAUCACAGGCUAUAAGGUGUUUUACACAGAAAUGAGAAAUAAUCGUCCGGUCAGCGCUACUGUUGUCCUGGAAGUGCCCUUGAGUUUGGAAAUGCUCACAACGGGGCAAUUUGAUGGACAAGCAAACUCUGAUGUUGUGAUAGGGAACCUGAAGGUGGCCACGCGGUAUCGUGUCAGUGUCGGGGCGUUUGGAUGGGCGGGUGAGGGCAGACCCAGCAUGCCCAGAGAUAUCAGCACUGCCUCACACGAAACGUGCAUGCCUCCAUCACCUCCGACGCAGCCUCACGUGAUCGCCGUGUCAGACACAGAGCUGGCGUUGUCAUGGCAACACAGAGAGAGUGAUGAAAGCGCACCUGUGCUGUACUUCCUGGUGGCGUAUAUCAGGCCUGAGAUGGACACUGAAUGGACGUACAUCAGGGAGGCUGUAGAGUCGACCUCAAUGGUUCUCAAAGGUCUGAACCCUGAUACAGAAUAUCAGUUUGUCAUCAGAGCUGUUAAUGUGUAUGGCAUCAGUCCUCCCAGUCCCAUUAACAGCCCAGUACGCACACACGGUCCUGUGGAUAUGGGGAGUGGAGAUUAUGAUGUCUUAAUCUCAAACUCUGACACUAAAAACCAGUUUGAAAGUGAUGAUUCGGAUUAUGACAUCUUAAUUGAAAAGAUGAAGUCGUUUUCUACCGGUAGGGAAAGCGACAGGCGAUCUCCGCUCCGCUCCCGCACCGGGACUCCCGCGAACGGAAAUGUUAUUUACCGGAUGCGCACACCAGCAUCAAGAAAUAUCAGCUUCACUUCAACAACUACAAUAGCGUGGACCACAUCAACAUCACCUGUUACCACGACAACAGUUGCUAGCUCCACCCACACUACAACCACACCCACUGUGAUGCACAUCACUGCCCCACCCACCACCGUGCUAUCUCCGAAUCCGUCCCUGACCCCGUGGAAAGGGGAACAGGCGCGGGUCUAUGAUGUGUCAUGUGAUGAGACCGUUUGCCCUCCUGACAGCUUCUGCAUCAAUGAUUAUGAUACAGGCGGCUCUCGAUGCCACUGUAACCUCGGACGACAGGGAGACUUCUGCUCUGAAGGUCUGAUGGUAAAUUUCCCAAAGUUUUACGGCUUUUCACACAUGACAUUUGAACCUCUUAAAAACUCUUACCAGAGCUUCCAAAUCAGCCUGGAGUUUAAGACAGAAGCUGAAGAUGGUAUGCUGUUAUAUUGUGGUGAAAACGAACACGGGAGAGGAGAUUUUACCUCUCUGGCUCUUGUGCGGAGAAAACUACAUUACAGGUUUAACUGUGGUACCGGAGCGGCACAGAUCGUGAGCGAUAGCUCUGUUGUGAUUGGACAGUGGCACACGGUAACUAUAUUUAGAGACGGUAUGAACGGAUGGCUGCGACUAGACAACGACACACCUGUAUCUGGACGUUCUCAGGGCCAGUAUACUAAAAUAACUUUCCGCUCGCCUCUGUUUUUGGGCGGCGCUCCGAAUGCCUACUGGUUGGUGAGGGCCGUGGGGACGAAUCGUAGAUUUCAGGGCUGCAUUCAGAGUCUGACUGUCAACCGUAAAGCCAUCGACCUCCGACCUUGGCCCAAAGGAAAUGCAUUGAGUGGAGCGGACAUCGGUGAGUGUAGUGACAGUGUUUGUGAUGAAGUCACCUGUGCUAAUGGAGGAAUCUGCUUUGCCAGUCGAGCCGAUGGUUUCAUCUGUUUGUGUCCGCUGGGUUAUAAGGGCGUCCUCUGUGAGGAGAGUUUCCUGCUGUCUUUACCACAGUUUAAUGAAAGCAUGUAUUCAUACGCCAGCGCUCCCUGGCCUCAGCCCACCCAUAACUAUCUCUCCUUUAUGGAGUUUGAAAUCACCUUCCAGCCAACCGAUCCUGACGGCACGCUGCUCUACACCGAUGACACGGCCAGUCGUGACUUCCUGUCCAUCAGUCUGAUCGAUGGAUACGUGGAGUUUCGCUUCGACUGCGGCUCAGGUGCUGCUGUCAUCAGGAGUCCUGAGGCUAUCACCAUGGAUUCAUGGCAUGAGUUACGUGCAUCUCGCACAGCCAAAAAUGGGAUUCUGCAGGUUGACAACCAGAGGCCAGUGGAGGGCAUGGCUGAGGGGGCGUUUACACAGAUUAAAUGUAGUUCCCCUUUAUAUAUUGGAGGAGUUCCUAAUUAUGACAUUACAAAGCCCAGCGCUGGACUCCUGAGACCUUUUAGUGGAGCUGUUCAGAAGAUUUCUCUGAAUGACCGCAGUAUAGAGCUUAAUCCAGGCCAGGCGUUCGGGAUAAACGUACUGAACGCUGCUCAUCCGUGUGUGGAGAAUCCGUGUGCUAACGGAGGAGUGUGCAGGCCCAAGUGGGACGACUAUGACUGUGACUGCACACUUGGAUACGAUGGGAAACACUGCCAAAAAGAAUGUGGAAAUUAUUGCUUAAACACUGUUACCGAAUCGAUUGAGAUUCCUCAGUUCACUGGACGCAGCUAUCUGACAUAUGACAACAGAGAUAUACUGAAAAGGUUAUCAGGAUCGAGGACAAACAUCUUUAUGCGUUUCAAGAGCACAUCCAAAGAUGGUCUUUUACUCUGGCGAGGAGAGAGUCCGAUGAGAGCCAACAGUGACUACCUGUCUCUCGGCCUUCAUGAUGGGGCGCUCAUUUUCAGUUAUAAUUUAGGCAGCGGGGUCGCCUCUGUGAUUGUUAAUGGAACCUUCAGUGACAGCAGGUGGCACAGAGUAAAAGCUGUGAGGGACGGACAGUCUGGUAAACUUACAGUCGAUGAUUAUGGAGCAAAAACAGCCAAAUCUCCUGGUAAAAUGAGACAGUUGAACAUUAACGGCGAUCUUUACAUCGGUGGGAUGAAGGAGAUCGCGCUGCACACUAACAGGCAGUACAUGCGAGGUUUGGUAGGAUGCAUUUCACAUGUCACUCUUGCCACGGACUAUCAUCUGUCUCUGGUGGAUGAUGCAGUUGAUGGCAAGAACAUCAACACAUGCACAAACUAAACACCUGCAAUAACUUCAAGAAAUAUAAAUAUUUGCAUCAUCUGAACACUUGUGAUAACUUAUCAAAACACCAGCCAAAGACUGAGAAACAUCAACACCUGCAUCACCUGAACACUAGGAAAAUGAAGAGCUGCACCAAUUUUUUUUAUAAAAACACUAAAAAACCUCAACAUCUGUACUAACACCUGCGAUAAUUACUUAACUCUGUACUCUAUCCAUCUUCAGAUUUAUACUGUAGAUCUACUGGAUUAAACUGUAAAUCUGCAGUAAACUGCUUUAACUAGCACUUCUGAAUCAGUAAACAAAUUAUGUAGGUCCUUCUGCUUCCCUCUUUAGGAAGGCAGUGUUGGAAUAAUUGUGUCUAAUUGUUUGUUUAUUGUUUUUUAUUAUUACUCGUUUUUAUAUCAUGAUUUAAAUAGUUGAAUUUAGAGUAGAGGCUUUUGAAGAGAAAAUAAAGUUUCUAUUCGAGUAGUUGUCGGUAUAUUUUCACAGCAUCUUUAGUUGUAAAUUUCAUCUGUCUGUUUUAAAGACUGCUAGUGGUUAAAUAACAGAUUGAUAUGAUUUCAUUCUGGUUAGCAUCAUUGCCUCUCUUUUUCUUCUACAGUAGCUACAAACAUACAUAAAGACUAGAUAUAGUUUUUUAUAGAUACAGCUGCUCUUGAUGUGUGACCCUGGACCACAAACCAGUCAUAAGUCACACAGGUAUAUUUGUAGCAAUAGCCAACAGUACUAUAAUACUCAAAAUUAUCUAUUUUUUAUGCAAAUAAUCAUUAGGAUAUUAAGCAAAGAUCAUGUUUCAUGAAGAUAUUUUGUAAAUUUCUUAUUAUAAAAAAAUCAAAAAUGUAUUUAUCAUUAAUAAUAUGUGUUGCUAAUGACUUCAUUUGGAAAACAUUAAAGACGAUUUUCUCAAUAUUUUUUGCACCCUCAAAUUUUCAAAUAGUUUUUUCUUGGCCAAAUAUUGUCAUAUCCUAAUAAUCCAUUCAUCAAUGGAAAUGUAUAAAUCUCAAUUUCAACUAGUUUUGUGGUCCAGGGUCACAUAUAUUUUUUGAGUCUUCAAAAAUGCAUGUCACUUAAUUUUUCUGCCUUGAUAUCAUUUUGCCAUCAAAAAUGUGACUUACUGACUUUAUUCAUGAAAUAAACAAUGACAGAUAAUUGUUA